AUCAGUAAUGCAUGGCUCUUUUUUCUGCUCUUGACAUCAGAUCAUGACAAAAUGUUCAAUUCUCGUUCCAGAUUCUCUUACAAGUUUGAAAUCAAGGAUAGAGCCAAGGUCUUUGGGAAUCUGUUCUGUGCAGCAGCAGAGAGAGAACAACAGACAGGAGAGAAGAUACUGGAGCUGUUAACAUCAUAUAUUGAUAAUGAUGAGGAUUAUUAUUAUCAGAGUGAUUUCCUGCUGGAUCUGUACUCCCACCUCAAGGACUAUGAGACUAAAACAGGCUUGAGGGUCCUUCCAUCAUUACAGUCAGUUUUCCAGUCAGCUCCUUCCAUCUGGUCCAUAAACCUCUCAGAGAGAAAGACCUCCAUCCUCCUGGAAGUGCUGAAACUCCAACCAGAGAAGAAACCAGUGGAGCUGACAGGCUGCUCAGAUGAAGAGAGUGAAGUGAGGAGUUUCCUACAGUGUCUGCCUUAUAUCUCACAGCUCAGUGUAUUUGUCGAGUUGGAAGCUGAAGCCAAGUUCUUCGGGAAUCUGUUCUGUGCAGCAGCAGAGAGAGAACAGCAGACAGCAGGAGAAAAGAUACUGGAGCUGUUAACAUCAUAUAUUGAUAAUGAUGAGGAUUAUUAUUAUCAGAGUGAUUUCCUGCUGGAUCUGUACUCCCACCUCAAGGACUAUGAGACUAAAACAGGCUUGAGGGUCCUUCCAUCAUUACAGUCAGUUUUCCAGUCAGCUCCUGCAGUCUGGUCCAUAAACCUCUCAGAGAGAAAGACCUCCAUCCUCCUGGAAGUGCUGAAACUCCAACCAGAGAAGAAACCAGUGGAGCUGACAGGCGGCUCAGAUGAAGAGAGUGAAGUGAGGAGUUUCCUACAGUGUCUGCCUUAUAUCUCACAGCUCAGUUUCUCUCAGCAUCUUGAAGGUGAUGUCAAGUUCUUUGGGAAUCUGUUCAGUGCAGCAGCAGAGAGAGAACGGCAGACAGGCGAAAAUAUAUUGGAGCUCUUAUCAUCAGCGUGCAGAAAUCAAACAUUCCUUCUUAAAGAUAGACACAUGUUUGAUGAUGACCAAAAACAUCAGUGUGAUUUCCUGCUGGAUCUGUGCUCCCACCUGAAGAUAACUAAAAGAUCAUCGUUACAGUCAGUUUUCCAGUCAGCUCCUGCAGUCUGGUUCAUAAACCUCUCAGAGAGAAAGACCUCCAUCCUCCUGGAAGUGCUGAAACUCCAACCAGAGAAGAAACCAGUGGUGCUGACAGGCGGCUCAGAUGAAGAAAGUGAAGUGAGGAGUUUCCUACAGUGUCUGCCUUAUAUCUCACAGCUCAGUUUCUCUUUCUGGUUUAGAGGCCCAGGUGAAGCCAAGUUCUUUGGGAAUCUGUUCUGUGCAGCAGCAGAGAGAGAACAGCAGACAGGAGAGAAGAUACUGGAGCUGUUAUCAUCAGUGUGCAGAUAUCAAACAUUCCCUCUUAAUGAGAUAAACAUGGAUGAUAGUAGACACAAAUAUCAGUGUGGUUUCCUGCUGGAUCUGUACUCACACAUGAAGGACUGUGAGACUAAAACAGGCUUGAGGGUCCUUCCAUCAUUACAGUCAGUUUUCCAGUCAGCUCCUGCAGUCUGGUCCAUAAACCUCUCAGAGAGAAAGACCUCCAUCCUCCUGGAAGUGCUGAAACUCCAACCAGAGAAGAAACCAGUGGAGCUGACAGGCUGGUCAGAUGAAGAGAGUGAAGUGAGGAGUUUCUUACAGUGUCUGCCUUAUAUCUCACAGCUCAGUUUCUCUUUCUGGUUUAGAGGCUCAGGUGAAGUCGAGUUCUUUGGGAAUCUGUUCUGUGCAGCAGCAGAGAGAGAACAGCAGACAGGAGAGAAGAUACUGGAGCUGUUAUCAUCAGUGUCUAGAUAUCAAUCAUUCUCUUUUAAUGAGAAAUGGUGUGAUUUCCUGCUGGACCUGUACUCUCAUGAUCCUGAAACAGGCUUGAGGGUCCUUCCAUCAUUACAGUCAGUUUUCCAGUCAGCUCCUGCAGUCUGGUCCAUAAACCUCUCAGAGAGAAAGACCUCCAUCCUCCUGGAAGUGCUGAAACUCCAACCAGAGAAGAAACCAGUGGAGCUGACAGGCUGCUCAGAUGAAGAGAGUGAAGUGAGGAGUUUCCUACAGUGUCUGCCUUAUAUCUCACAGCUCAGAUUCUCUCGGCGGUUUAGAGGCUCAGGAGAAGUCGAGUUCUUUGGGAAUCUGUUCUGUGCAGCAGCAGAGAGAGAACAGCAGACAGGAGAGAAGAUACUGGAGCUGUUAUCAUCAGUGUGCAGAUAUCAAUCAUUCCCUCUUAGAUACAUGGAUGAAUAUUAUCAGAGUGGUUUCCUGCUGGAUCUGUGCUCCCACCUGAAGGACUAUGAGACUAAAACAGGCUUGAGAGUCCUUCCAUCACUACAGUCAGUUUUCCAGUCAGCUCCUUCCAUCUGGUUCAUAAACCUCUCAGAGAGAAAGACCUCCAUCCUCCUGGAAGUGCUGAAACUCCAACCAGAGAAGAAACCAGUGAAGCUGACAGGCUGCUCAGAUGAAGAGAGUGAAGUGAGGAGUUUCCUACAGUGUCUGCCUUAUAUCUCACAGCUCAGUUUCUCUCAGCGGUUUAGAGGCUCAGGUGAAGUCAAGUUCUUUGGGAAUCUGUUCUGUGCAGCAGCAGAGAGAGAACAGCAGACAGGAGAGAAGAUACUGGAGCUGUUAUCAUCAGUGUGCAGAUAUCAAUCAUUCCCUCUUAAUGACGAAUACUUGGAUGAAUAUUAUCAGAGUGGUAUCCUGCUGGAUCUGUACUCCCACCUGAAGGACUAUGAGACUAAAACAGGCUUGAGGGUCCUUCCAUCAUUACAGUCAGUUUUCCAGUCAGCUCCUGCAGUCUGGUCCAUAGACCUCUCAGAGAGAAAGACCUCCAUCCUCCUGGAAGUGCUGAAACUCCAACCAGAGAAGAAACCAGUGGAGCUGACAGGCUGGACAGAUGAAGAGAGUGAAGUGAGGAGUUUCCUACAGUGUCUGCCUUAUAUCUCACAGCUCAGAUUUGAUGACUGCUUUGAAGCUGUCGCCAAGGUCUUUGGGAAUCUGUUCUGUGCAGCAGCAGAGAGAAAACAGCAGACAGGAGAGAAGAUAGUGGAGCUGUUAUCACCAUACUUGGAUAGUUAUGAUGAUGAAUAUCAGUGUGAUUUCCUGCUGGAUCUGUGCUCCCACCUGAAGGACUAUGAGACUAAAACAGGCUUGAGGGUCCUUCCAUCAUUACAGUCAGUUUUCCAGUCAGCUCCUGCAGUCUGGUCCAUAGACCUCUCAGAGAGAAAGACCUCCAUCCUCCUGGAAGUGCUGAAACUCCAACCAGAGAAGAAACCAGUGGAGCUGACAGGCUGGUCAGAUGAAGAGAGUGAAGUGAGGAGUUUCCUACAGUGUCUGCCUUAUAUCUCACAGCUCAGGUAAAUGAAUUGUACUUCACAUGACUUCAGUGGACAUUUCUGGAAAUUCUUUGGAGCUGAUUGAUUAAUAAAUUUACAUUUAUUCAUUAGUGGUGAUAAA